UGCCCUGGAGCCCUGCUGCUGGCUCUCUCCCCGAGAGAAGCCCGCUUUCGCCCCUUCCCCGAGCUUCUUGGAUGUGAUGGAACUCAUGUUCGCGGAGUGGGAGGACGGGGAGAGGUUUUCCUUCGAGGACUCGGACCGCUUCGAGGAAGACUCGCUUUGCUCCUUCAUCUCCGAGGCCGAGAGCCUGUGCCAGAACUGGAGAGGAUGGCGGAAGCAGUCCGCGGGACCCAACUCCCCCACCGUCAAGAUGAAAGAUGGGCUGGUGAUCCCCCUGGUGGAGCUGUCUGCCAAACAGGUGGCAUUUCACAUUCCAUUUGAGGUGGUGGAAAAAGUCUACCCGCCUGUGCCUGAACAGCUGCAGCUUCGCAUUGCCUUUUGGAGCUUCCCAGAAAACGAGGAAGACAUCAGGUUAUACUCCUGCUUGGCAAACGGCAGUGCAGAUGAGUUCCAGAGGGGAGAGCAACUUUUCCGAAUGAGAGCCGUUAAAGAUCCGCUGCAGAUAGGUUUCCACCUGAGUGCCACCGUGGUGCCUCCCCAGAUGGUGCCCCCCAAAGGCGCAUACAAUGUGGCAGUGAUGUUUGACAGGUGCCGGAUCACGUCCUGCAGCUGCACCUGUGGAGCGGGGGCCAAGUGGUGCGCCCACGUGGUGGCCCUCUGCCUUUUCCGGAUACACAACGCAUCUGCUGUGUGCUUGCGAGCCCCCGUCUCAGAGUCCUUGUCUCGGCUGCAGAGAGAUCAGCUGCAGAAGUUUGCCCAGUACUUAAUCAGUGAACUCCCCCAGCAGAUCCUCCCUACUGCUCAGCGCCUGUUGGAUGAGCUCCUGUCCUCUCAGUCGACGGCCAUCAACACUGUGUGUGGAGCCCCUGAUCCCACGGCUGGUCCUUCGGCCUCAGAUCAAAGCACCUGGUACUUGGAUGAAUCAACGUUAAGCGACAACAUAAAGAAAACCCUGCACAAGUUUUGUGGUCCUUCUCCUGUCGUCUUUAGUGAUGUGAACUCCAUGUACCUCUCCUCCACGGAGCCCCCAGCAGCUGCGGAGUGGGCUUGCCUCUUGCGCCCCCUGCGAGGCAGGGAGCCCGAGGGCAUCUGGAACCUGCUCUCCAUCGUCCGGGAGAUGUUCAAGAGAAGGGAUACCAAUGCGGCCCCUCUGUUGGAAAUCCUGACAGACCAAUGCCUGACGUAUGAACAGAUAACUGGAUGGUGGUACAGCGUCAGGACAUCCGCGUCCCACAGCAGUGCCAGUGGGCACACCGGCCGCAGCAAUGGCCAGUCAGAAGUGGCUGCUCACGCCUGCGCCAGCAUGUGUGACGAGAUGGUGGUUCUCUGGAGACUGGCUGUCUUGGAUCCGACCAUCAGUCCUCACCGGCGAAGGGACAUGUGUGCGCAGCUCCGGCUGUGGCAGCUGAAGGUCAUCGACAAUGUCAAAAGGGGGCAGCACAAGAAAUCCCUGGAGAAGCUGUUCCAAGGCUUCAAGCCAGCCGUGGAGGCCUGCUACUUCAACUGGGAGGAGGCCUAUCCCAUCCCUGGCAUCACGUAUAGCAGUGCCGACAAGAAGAACUCUUUUUGCUGGGUGAAAGCCAUCCAGCAGCGGAGCUGUCGGCCCCAGUGCACGGAAGCCCUCUGCGAGGCAGGGAGAGGGCCCGGGCAAGAGGCCGGCGGCGGGACGUGCCUGCAUCUAGGGGACAGGUCCCGCCCCACUUCCCAGGAGCCGGCGGUGCGCCCCAAGGAGAUCAUCGGGAAGCGGAAGGUGGUCCCCGAAGGCCCACAGCGGGUCCUGAGGCGGCUCUCGGCCGAAGGGGACAAGACUGCCUACAAGCCGGCCACCAAGGGGAAACUCCCGGCGGGGAAGAGUUUGGCCAGCAAGCACAGCGGGAAGCGCCGCAUGAGCAGUGAGGACAGCUCUCUGGAGCCGGACCUGGCCGAGAUGACGCUGGACGACAGCAGCCUGGCCCUGGGGGCGGAGGCCAGCAACACCUUCAGCUUCCCCGAGAGCCCCUUGAGCCGGAGCUACCGGGAAACUUUUGAGGAGGACGGGGGCGUCUACUUCUCGGAAGCGGCCGAGCCGACCCUCCGGAGCAGCCCGUCUGCCAAGAAGACCCCCAAGGACCCCGGGGGGGAAGCGGGCAGCGGAGAUGACGACUUCCCUUGCCCCGAGGAGAGUGGCGGUGGGGUGAGUCUGAAAGCGAAAGAAGUGGGGGAGACUGGUGCGGCUGGCGGAGAAGAGGACGAGGAUGGCUAUCAGGUGUACUAUCUGAACCCCCAGGAGGUUGCCAAGGAAGAGGAGGAGAAGGCCGAGGGAGGGGCGGAGGAAGAGCAGGACGUCUUUGCCGGGAUCAAGCCCCUGGAGCAGGAGAACCGCAUGGAGAUCCUCUUUGCCUGCGCAGAAGCGCUUUAUGCCCACGGCUACAGCAACGAAGCCUGCCGCCUGACUGUGGAGUUCGCCAAGGACUUGUUGGCCAACCCACCUGACCUCAAGGUGGAGCAACCCCCAACCAAGGGGAAGAAGAACAAGGUGUCUACCAGCAAGCAGACGUGGGUGGCGACCAACACCUUAUCGAAAGCCGCCUUCCUGCUGACGGUGCUCAGCGAGCGGCAGGAGUACCACGCCCUGGCUUUCCAGAUCGGCAUGUUUGCUCUGGAGCUGCAGAGGCCACCAGCCUCGACCAAGGCGCUGGAGGUCAAGCUGGCCUACCAGGAGUCGGAGAUUGUGGCCCUGCUGAAGAAGAUCCCGCUGGGCGCCACUGAGAUGAACAUCAUCCGGGGGAGGGCCGAGGAGCUGAGGGAGGGCACCCUCUGUGACUACCGCCCCGUCCUGCCCCUCAUGCUUGCCAGCUUCAUCUUCGACGUCCUGUGCACCCCAGUGGUUUCCCCCUCAGGAGCCAGGCCCCCAAGCUGCAACUGGAACAACGAGAUGCCUGGAGACGAGGAGCUGGGCUUCGAGGCAGCUGUGGCGGCUCUCGGUAUGAAGACCACCGUGAGCGAAGCGGAGCACCCCCUGCUGUGCGAAGGCACCCGGAGGGAGAAAGGCGAGCUGGCCGUGGCCCUCAUGAUCACCUACAAGGACGACCAGUCAAAGCUGAAGAAGAUCUUGGACAAGCUGCUUGACAGAGAGAGCCAAACGCACAAGCCUCAGACCCUCAGCUCCUUCUACUCCUCCAGCAAGCCGAUGGUGGCCAAUCAGAAAUCUCCUUCCAAGCAUGCCAGCCAAUCAGCUGCGCCCAUCCAGCAUCUCCCGGGGACGCCUGUGGCGCAGCAGGCAGGGGUAGCCCCUGCCGUCCAGAGCAGCCCCUCGGAAGCCUUCCUGGAGAAGAGCACCCAAGAGACCCCUCAGAGGUCCCCUUGCGACCCCCUGGUGGAGGCCAGCGUCUUGAAGCAAGAAGGGAAAGUCCCCAGCCGCCUGGCCCUGGGGAACCGCGGGGGCUACAACGGCCGAUGCUGGGGCUCCCCUGUCAGGCAGAAGAAGAAACACACCGGCAUGGCCAGCAUUGACAGCAGCGCCCCCGAAACCACCUCGGACAGCUCCCCGACCCUCAGCCGGCGGCCCCUGCGUGGGGGAUGGGCGGCCACCUCCUGGGGGCGAGGGCAGGACAGCGACAGCAUCAGCAGCUCUUCCAGCGACUCCCUGGGCUCGUCCUCCUCCAGCGGCAGCCGGAGAGCCAGCGGGGGAGCCCGCGCCAAGACGGUGGAAGUCGGCAGAUACAAGGGCAGGAGGCCCGAGAGCCACGCCCCCCACGUCCCCAACCAACCCUCCGAAGCCGCCGCCCACUUCUACUUCGAGCUGGCCAAGUCGGUCCUCAUCAAGGCGGGGGGCAACAGCAGCACCUCCAUCUUUACCCACCCGUCCUCCAGCGGGGGCCACCAGGGGCCUCACCGCAACCUUCACCUCUGCGCCUUUGAGAUCGGCCUCUAUGCCCUGGGCCUGCACAACUUUGUCUCCCCCAACUGGCUCUCACGGACGUACUCCUCCCACGUCUCUUGGAUCACGGGGCAAGCCAUGGAGAUUGGCAGUGCAGCCUUGAACAUCCUGGUGGAGUGCUGGGACGGUCACCUCACCCCUCCCGAGGUGGCCUCCUUGGCCGACCGGGCGUCCCGAGCGCGGGAUUCCAACAUGGUGCGCGCGGCUGCUGAGCUGGCCCUGAGCUGCUUGCCCCAUGCCCACGCCUUGAAUCCCAACGAGAUCCAGCGGGCUCUGGUCCAGUGCAAGGAGCAGGACAACCUGAUGCUGGAGAAGGCCUGCAUGGCGGUGGAGGAGGCGGCCAAGGGGGGCGGGGUCUAUCCGGAGGUCCUCUUUGAAGUGGCCCAUCAAUGGUACUGGCUGUACGAGCAAACUGUGGGCGGGACUCUGGCCCAGCGGGAAGGAGCCACAGGCUGCAGUGCCAGCGGAGCCCGGGCCCCUUGCGAAGUGGUCCGGGGGUUGGCGGAUAACAGAGUGGCCUCAGAGCCCGCCACGGUGACGGUGGCAGCCGCAGUGACUGCUGCAGCGACAGUGGUGCCCGUGAUCUCGGUGGGGUCAACCAUCUACCAGCAGCACAGCAUGGCGGGGCCGGCCAUCGCGCACACCCAGGGUCUGCACCCCUACACCACCCUCCAGACCCACAUCCCAUGCAACCCCCAGUACAUCGGGCACCCCAUCCAGCACAUGCCCCGCCCAGCUGUCUUCCCCGUGCCUGGCUCGGCUUAUCCCCAGGGGGUCCACCCGGCCUUCAUUGGGGCCCAGUACCCGUACUCGGUGGCCACCCCGUCUCUGGCAGCUACGGCGGUCUCCUUCCCAGGCGUGCCUGUCCCCUCCAUGACGCAGAUGGCCGUGCACCCUUACCACGCUGAGACGGGGCUCUCGCUGUCUUCGAACGUCGCAAUAGGGAGUGUCCACACGGGGACAACGUUCCCAGCCAUCCAAGGGGCUUCUUUGACGAGCCUGUCUUCUCAGCCCACCCCCCUUGUUGCGGGGGGCUUCCCUUCGGAGGAGGAGCAGCACAGCCAGCCCGUGAGCCCCCAGGGCCUGCACUACCUCCACUCGGCUUACCGAGUCGGGAUGCUGGCCCUAGAGAUGCUGGGGCGGAGGGCUCACAACGAUCACCCCAACAACUUCUCCCGCAGCCCCCCCUACACGGAAGACGUCAAGUGGCUCCUGGGCUUAGCGGCCAAGUUAGGCGUCAACUACGUGCACCAGUUCUGCGUGGGGGCGGCCAAGGGGGUCCUGAGCCCUUUUGUCCUGCAGGAGAUCAUCAUGGAGGCCCUGCAGAGGCUGAACCCUGCCCACGUCCACAACCACCUGCGCACCCCCGCCUUCCACCAGCUGGUGCAGAGGUGCCAGCAGGCGUACAUCCAGUACAUCCACCACCGCCUGAUCCACCUGACCCCGCCCGAGUAUGACGACUUUGUGAACGCCAUCCGCAGCGCCCGCAGCGCCUUCUGCCUGACCCCCAUGGGCAUGAUGCAGUUCAACGACAUCCUGCAGAACCUGAAGCGCAGCAAGCAGACCAAGGAGCUCUGGCAGAGGGUCUCUCUGGAAAUGGCCACCUUCUCCCCCUGAGGGCCCCCCCCCCCCGCCGCCGCCGCUAGAGUCCAUCCUUUCUGGGGUCGUUUUUCUUUUUAGCUGUUGGAAACCACUGAGUUGAUGUAUUUAUGCCAUGACAUUCCUCUUCCCUGCACCAGCGAGUGCGGCUUUGCCCUCUUCCCCCCACCAGCUGGAGCCUGAAAAGCUGUUUUGUGAGUGCAAGGAAAGUAUGUCUGUGUGUGUGUGCGCGCGAGAGCGAGCGAGCGGGGCCAGGCUGCUGUUUUGUCCCAGCUGUUGCAAAGCCCCCCCUCCUCUUUGGAGGCGGCUUGCCCAACGGUCCGCUCUGGGGGAGCUGUUUGUGGGCGUGUCUGGGGGUAGGGUGGAGCCUGUCUUAAAAAUAUUUAUUUUAGCAUUUAUAAAUAUGUAUACUACUUUCUAUAAGAUUCUAAACAGAUUCGCCUAUCAGGGGCCAGGAGAGGUGGAGUGGGCCCCUCCUUGGCCGCUCCUUCCCGCAGCACCCAGCCAACCAACCGGGCUGAAGCUGGGAGCCCCCCCUCCCCCCGGCAGCCAGCGCUGCCUUUGUUGGGAUGGGGCAGAAGCCCCACCUGCCUGUACGGGCUGCCCCAUGGAGAGCGCAGAGCUGGCUGCUGGCAGGUGGCCUCCCUUCCGUUUUGCCCGGGGGGGGGGCGUUCUGUGUUGUGUACAGUCACGUUCCCUUCCUUGGCUGGGAUUAUCAGGUCUCCUGUAAUCAAUUUCUUAUUCCUUGUCUUAGUUUCCUGAUUAAAACAUCCAUUUUCUUAGA